AAACUCAGUUCUUCGCGUUCAUUUCAUUCUUGCCCUCAUUCCGCGCAUACUUCGCAUCGUUGUUACAUUCGCGGAAUAGUCUCGCUCUCCGACAAGAAGAAAAAAAAGUGAUCAGCUGGAAAUAAAUCAGAGCUUGAGCUCGAUCCAAUUGCUCGGCAUCAGACACGUUUAAAAACACUGAGGUCAGUGUGCCUUGAGUUCUCCAGGCUCAGGCUCUGAGAUCACAUCCAUUGCCAUGGAUCCCAGCAGCUGGAGCGGCAGUGAAAGUGCCGGGGAGGACAUUGAGAGAAUGAGUGACUCUGCUGAUAAGCCCAUGGACAAUGACGCGGAGGGCGUGUGGAGCCCUGACAUUGAGCAGAGCUUUCAGGAGGCUCUGGCCAUCUACCCUCCCUGUGGCCGGCGGAAAAUUAUCCUGUCUGAUGAGGGCAAAAUGUAUGGUCGCAACGAACUCAUCGCCAGAUACAUCAAACUGCGAACGGGCAAGACACGGACAAGAAAGCAGGUCUCCAGUCAUAUCCAGGUUCUUGCCCGGCGGAAAUCCAGAGAAUUUCACUCCAAGCUGAAGGAUCAUACGGUGAAGAACGAUGCCAUCAACAGAAUGGGAGGCAUUUCUUCAGCGCAGAUUGUCUCCGCCACAGCCAUCCACAGUCGGCUGGGGCUCGCAGGACUGCCACGAUCUGCUUUACCUGGAGCCACAGGGAUUUGGCAGGUGUCAACAGGACAGCCUGGUUCUUCACAAGACGUCAAGCCAUUUUCACAGCAGAACUACCCCAUCCAGACCACCACUGCAAUCGCAGCUUAUGAGUCUUCUACAGCUCUUUCUGCUGCUGUGCCGCCAUGGCACGGUCGAUCCAUCGGCACCUCCAAACUCAGACUAGUGGAGUUUUCAGCCUUUCUGGAGCAUCAGCGAGACCCAGAUUUAUACAACAAGCAUCUGUUUGUGCACAUCGGCCAGACGAAUUACUCGUACAGCGACGCGCUGCUGGAGACGGUGGAUAUUCGUCAAAUUUACGACAAAUUCCCAGAGAAAAAGGGAGGAUUAAAGGAGCUGUUUGGAAAGGGACCACAGAACGCCUUUUUCCUCGUCAAGUUCUGGGCCGAUCUAAACUGUAACAUCCAAGAGGAUUCGGGCUCUUUCUAUGGUGUGACCAGUCAGUAUGAGAGCUCAGAGAACAUGACCAUCACCUGCUCCACAAAGGUCUGCUCCUUCGGCAAACAAGUGGUGGAAAAGGUGGAGACUGAAUAUGCUCGCUUUGAGAAUGGCCGUUUUGUCUACAAGAUCAGCCGAUCGCCCAUGUGUGAAUACAUGAUCAACUUCAUCCACAAGCUCAAACACCUGCCAGAGAAAUACAUGAUGAACAGCGUCCUCGAAAACUUCACUAUACUACUGGUGGUGUCCAACAGAGAAACUCAAGAGACUCUGCUCUGCAUGGCGUGUGUUUUCGAGGUGUCCAACAGUGAACACGGCGCUCAGCAUCACAUCUACAGACUGGUCAAAGAUUGAGGUGUGCUCGAUAACACUAAAAACACUGAGGCGUUCAGCUGACGGACUGACUAAAGCCUCGUAAAACCUCAUGCCUCUAGUCCUUCUCUUAAGGCUUUGCUUGGGUGAAUAAUUACAUCAUCGUUUGUUUCUAUCUCUCGUGUUUCUGUGUUUUUUUCUUUAACCUGUCGUGUGGGUGAAGCGGUACAGUUUGUUCAGACGUCGGUUGAUGUUUUAAACCACAUUAGCGUGUCUUGCUUGUUCUAUAGAGUCGUAUUGUUUCUGUUCCACCGCUGAUCUACAUUUCAAAGACUUGGCCCCUGGUAUUUUUUGAGGGAUUUAUUUUGAAUGGACGAGCACAGAAAGGUACUGUAUUAUUUAUGAGGAACUACCUGCCUUACAGAACGCACAUGAGCUGUGAGCCACCGUUACAGAUGCUACAACACUAACAAACCUUUACUCUAUCUUACACAAUCGCUUUAGACUGUGGAUUUCCUUUGCUUUCCUUUAAAGGUGAAGUGUGUAACCUUUUUUUUAUUAUUAUUUAAAAAAUAAGUUUCUGAGCCAGCUUAUAAUGCACAGAAAGACAUCUUAUUAUAUUAGUUAAUCCAAAACCUAAACCCCGUCCUGUUGUCUAGAAGACGAUUUCCACCACAGAACAAAAACUGAAAUGCUAGUUCCAAAUAUAAGACGGAAUGUUUUUGGUCAGUUCUGAUGACUUUUUUUCUUCAAAAGGAGGAAGAUAAUGAUUAACAGGUUAUAAAUAUGAGAGGUUAUAACUUACAACUGUGAGAUAUGAACUUGCAGAUUAUAUAUCAGAAACAAAAGUCCACAUUCGACACAAAAGUAGCAUGUGUUAAUGUAGUAGUCACGUGUUUCAGUUCUGAGAUAUAUUAGCGGCGUUUAAAACUCACAGUUUUGCUUUAGAAACUGUUUAGAAGUCUAAGAUGUGCUAAUAGAUCACUGAUAGAAGCUGGUCUAUACUUCUGCACCGAGUGAUCGGCGUGACCCAUGGCACCAGUCUUGCGCGUAAAGCAUGGUUUAUACUUCUGCGUCAAGUGAUCUGCGUAACCCACAACGCAUACAACACGCGUAGCUGUGCAUUCCUACUUUUGCGCGCCGAUUCUGUUGGUCUGCCAUUUUUUGAUAGGUGCGCGUCACUGACGACUACGGCGGAGGCUAUGCAUCCAUGCGUAGGCUGCGCCUUAGCAUACGCUUGCGCUUGACGCAGAAGUAUAAAUCAGCCUUAAUCGUGCAUUUA